UUUUUUUUAAUUUUUUAAAUUGACACACAAAUUCAUUAUUUUUUAGUUAAAAUUCUAUUUGGCCUCUUAAAAAUAUUUUCUGGCUCCGCCACUGCUUAGUUGUGAAGAGUUUUAAACCAAUCUUUACAAUUUAAAUCCGUACGGACAUAUGUAACUCUUUAAUCCUUUCAAAAUUGUAGGGAAAACUUGUAAAAAAUUUGAACCACCUAUACUGGGAAUGUUUCUAUAUCAAUCUAAUUUGUUAAUCACGUACGUACCUGUAUCAGACACUUUGAUCCCGAGUUUAUGUAACUGGGACUUUGAUAAGUGGAAAGAUCCUUCUCUGCAGCAUGACAACAGGAAUGACGAUGAACACUGAAAACUGAUGAUUCAGCUGCCAAAAUAAUUUCUUUGAAUAACUUCCCACGAAGAACAGGUUGUCAGCUGUGUGAACAUUUGCUGCAUGGCGAUCCUGUUUGAGAAAAAAAAAAUGUUAAUGAACACCUCACCGAUUUAAUUGAAAAUAAAUAUUGAAAAAACUGAUAAUCUGGAAUCCAACAUGCUGAAGGCACAAAAUUGCUGCAAAAAAUGCUGUGAAGAGAAAUCCAAUGACUUCUGUCUUUCCAAGCUAAACAUGAAAGAAAAGAUAAUAUUAACA